AUGGAUCAUAUGUGUAAUACCGAUCUUCACUGGGCAGAAGACGACAAUGCAAGAGGAACUGAUACACCACCACUUGAUAUUGGCGCCUUUCUCGAUAACCCUCAGUGGUGGCCCCAGGGGGUGAAGGGCUGUACCGAAUUUACCGGCGCAGCAGAGGGAAACAGGCGUUGCAAACUACGCAGUGCAACGCUUGAAUUGCUACACACCCUCAGAUCUAUUUUGUCCACCUCGUAUUUCGGUACAAUAAAGCAUAAAGCAUGCCCCGAAGAUGAACACAAGGAAGGAAACCGGUCGGGGCCCCCAGCAAAAAAAAAAAUAUCCUCUACCACCGUGAGCAGCGGUGGCGUGUAUAUGAAGGAUGUUCCUCCGUGCUUUUCUGUUUUCACGCGCUUUAACUGCAAUGUAACACUCGUGGGUCAGCAGUUCCUCGCCGCGGAAAUGGCAGUUUCUGUUCUUUGCAGUGGAAUGGCUUCAGUUCAAGGUAAUGAAAUUCUUAAAGUUCUAAAGUAUGCAGCAGACAAGGACGAAGUGUACUUUAGGCACAUUAUGCUGAGCCCCACUACUAGCGCGCUGGCACAGAAAGAGCAGCGUGAACCGCAGCCUCUUCAUCUGUUGGGAAGCAAUGCGCCGUUCUCAUAUGGAUUCCUAGUGGCGCAUCUAUCUGCCUUUCCUCCGCAAGUGCGCCAGUUGGUUUUGUCCGAGACAUUGCCGUUUGGGCGUAUCCUUGAUGUUUGCGGAAUAAAGCGGUUCGUGGAGACAGAUUGGCACUUGCAUAUUCACCUAGGUGACGCCUUCUUCAGCCCGCAGGACGAGCCUGGACGUGGGGCCGUUGAGUCGUCCAACAUCACUGACUCUGAGGGCAAGUUCAAAGAGGAAACUGUCGAGUGUAGGUGUACGAAGGCACCCCAUGGAUCGCGCUGUACAUACGGAAGGCUGAUGACAGUAUGGUGCGACGGGCAGCCAGGGGCACGGGUGGUUGAAAUUCUAAAUCCUACAGUUGUACUGACUACCCUUCUUGCUGCUGAGGCAGAGCGAAAGGCCGGGGUCGUAGAAAAAUUUAGAGAUCAUGCUUUAGUCUGCCCAGGGAACGGCAGUCACAGUGUGAGCAUAAGUCCUCGUAAUCCUUGGCGUACUGCCGAGGAAAGGUUUCACUUUCUUGCUGCUCACUGCCUUCACUCUGUAUUUCAAUGCCCCAUUCACCGCGGGGUGCUUCCUAAGCCGCACAUCACACUAGAGGAUCUGCUGCGUUUGACAGCUUCUUACGUUUGGCCCUUGUGGGCCGAAAGUACAGCAAGCGGUCCUUCUCCACAAUCUCUGUUGAUGUGCAGAGUGCCAGCUUGUGGUUGGUGGCCUCCUUUAUACCUGGCAUUUAUGCUCUGUUGCCCAACUUGGCGAAUCCGUUCAUUAAUCAAUGUUCUGCUUGAUGACCCGCAGAAUGCCAGUAGGCACCCCUCGAAUGCAAUGAGAACUGGAGACUGGGGAAUCUCCCAUUACUUUUAUGAUGCCUCCGGCUUUUUGAGAGGUACAGAAUGUGCAGCACUAGUAUGUUCUGCAUCGUAA